AUUUGAAGAUUGGAGAAAGGCAACAUUGAUGCUUGAAGAAACCCAAGGUUGAAAGAUCCAUUAAAAAAAGGUUAGUAGACGAUUUCGUUAGAGUGCCAUCAAAGUAGAGAGCCAUUGACCUGCUAUUCCUUGUAUAACAAAAUGCCUUGGAGCUUUUUUUUUGCCAAUAUUUUAUGGUGGAGCUUUUUAGAGUGUGUCCAAACUUUUUAGCUGUAUUUGAAUCAAUUGAAUGUUGCAUUUUGUUUUUAAUAUUCAGUUGUUGAAGGCAUGCAUUGUUUCAUGUUUGGGAUUGUUUAGUUAUUAAACUAAAAAUAAUAAAAACAAAAACAUGCACGGUGGCAUACUCAUGAGAGCUUCUCUCCUCCUCCUCCUCAUUGUGGUGGCGCCGACGGUGGGCGUCGUCGGUAGAGCCGCGGAAAAUUAUCACGACGACGGCGAAAGACUCUCCACGAGCUCAAAGCUUUUGAGCGGCCUUACUGAGGCCGCCGUGAAUAAUCCAGCAAUGAACUUGCUGGAUCCUCUCGGGAUAGCCAAGACGAACCGAGAGAUCGUUAGGAGCGCGCUCCGGUUCUCGCGCCCAAAGGACUACAUCGAGGGCGCCAUCCGCAUUUCUCUGCAACAGUUUAAGGGCGUGAUCAACGGCGUGGUGGAUUUGGCGGAGAAAACGGACGACUCUCUCAACCGAAUGGCGGUGGAGGAUUGCCGCGAGUUGAUGAACUACGCCAUUGACGAGUUGCAGGACUCGAUGACCUCGGUGGAUGAUUGCCCACUCAUGUCUCUCGGCCAACGGUUAUCGGACUUGAUGAACUGGCUGAGCGCCGUCCUGUCGUAUUCCAACACGUGCAUCGAUGGGUUCACGAAGCCCGGUCUUCAGUCUGCCAUCAGCGGCAUACUCAAGACCUGCAUCGCCCAGACCGGUCAAGCGCUUUCGGUCGUCUCUCUCAUUCCUCAGAUUCUCACCGGCUUGAACAACAACCACAACCCAUCACUCCCCGGUGGCCAGACCGUGUAUCCGGCUCCCAGCGCCAACGAUGCUUCUAAUGGCGCGGGGACCACAACAACCGCGUCAUCAGAAGGUGGUGGGGCCUCUGGAGCCACGACAUCACAAAAUGGUGGCGCGACCACUACAGCCGCGUCAUCAAAAAAUGGCGGCGCUUCUAGUGACGCGGCCAACGCAGCCGCGUCAUCAGAAGGUGGUGGGGCCUCUGGUGGCGCGUCAUCAGAAAAUGGUGGCGCGACCACUACAACCGCGUCAUCGAAAAAUGGUGGCGCUUCUAGUGAAGCGGCCAACGGAGCCGCGCCAUCAGAAAAUGUUGACUCUUCGUCGUUUUCCUCCUCGAGUGAAGAGGCGAGCGCGGCUAACAAUGCAAAUUCUUUCUCAUCCUCCUCCUCCUCCACUGGGGUCGACCCGACCUCGGUGGGGAGCGGGAGAACGCUCAAGGGGGUCCACUUCCCGGCGUGGAUGAAGAAAUCAGACAGGAAAUUAUUGGUGUCCAGGCAAAGAGGAGGGGGGGAAAGAGCGCGCGUCGGCAGCGCGAACGUGCAGCCGAACGCGGUGGUGGCACAAGACGGAAGCGGACAAUACAAAACCAUAACGGAAGCUAUCAACGCUUAUAAUCCACCGGCGAACGCGGCAGGGAACGGGACGAGACACGUGAUCUACGUGAAAGCCGGAGUUUACGAUGAGUACGUUUUGAUUACGAGGAAACAAACCAAUAUAUUCAUGUACGGCGACGGCCCGACGAAGACCAUUGUCACCGGAAAGAAAUGCAACCGUGACGGCGUUUCCACCUUCCGAACCGCCCCUUUCGCGGUGGUGGGGAAUGGAUUCAUAUGCAAAUCAAUGGGGUUUCGGAACACGGCGGGGCCGGAGGGGCACCAGGCGGUGGCGCUGAGGGUGCAAUCCGACAUGUCGGCGUUCUACAACUGCAGAAUGGACGGGUACCAGGACACCCUCUACACCCAGACCCACCGCCAGUUCUACAGCAACUGCGUCAUCACCGGCACCGUCGACUUCAUCUUCGGGGACGCGGCGGCGGUCAUCCAGAACUCCGUCAUCGUGGUGCGGCGGCCCAUGGACAACCAGCAGAACAGCGUGACGGCCCACGGGCGGACCCACAACGCGGAGCCCACCGGGCUGGUCAUCCAGAACUGCCAGAUCAUCGCCGAGGACGCCCUCGAGGCGAACAAGACGGAGAUCCCGUCCUACUUGGGCCGCCCGUGGAAGCCGUACUCGAGGACCGUGAUCCUUCAUUCGACCAUGGGUGAUUUCAUCCGGCCCGAGGGGUGGAUGCCGUGGGCCGGGGACUUCGGGCUGGACACUUGUGAUUAUAGGGAGUUCGGGAACCGGGGCCCGGGUGCGGACACGACCCGGAGGGUGACGUGGAAGGGGUACCAUGCAUUGACCAAUGCUAAUGACGCCAUGAGGUUCACGGUGGAACGGUUCAUUCAGGGGAACCACUGGCUUCCGGCAACCGGAGCACCGUACUUCCUCGGCCUGAAAUCCAUCCAAUGAUUCGGAUUUCCCGACGAACAUCCGAGACAACGAUGAGUUGCCCGAUGUCAUGUCUCUAGUAGUAUCCGA